CCUGGGGUUGGCUGGGGUUGGCUGGGGUUGGCUGCCCUGCAUUUCAGCCCAGGGACAGCGAGUCUCACUCACUCGUCGUAGGACUCUGGAGAGGCCUCAUUCCGUGGUAAAUGAGAGGAGAGAAUCUCCGAAGCCACCACAAUGACAUCAGCCACAGAUUUCGAUAAUGUGGAAAUCCAACAGCAAUACAGCCACAUCAACGCUCGCUGGGAACUCUCUGAUGAAGAUGAACUAGAUAAUGACAACAGCUCGGCAAGAUUAUUCGAGCGUUCCAGGAUCAAAGCUCUUGCAGAUGAGAGAGAAGCUGUGCAGAAGAAGACUUUUACAAAAUGGGUGAAUUCUCACCUGGCACGUGUAACCUGCCGGAUUACCGACCUGUAUACAGGUCUGCGAGAUGGCCGUAUGCUUAUUAAACUGCUGGAAGUGCUUUCAGGAGAACAACUGCCAAAGCCAACCAAGGGCCGGAUGCGUAUUCAUUGUUUGGAAAAUGUAGACAAAGCCCUUCAGUUCCUGAAAGAGCAAAAAGUGCACCUUGAAAACAUGGGGUCACACGACAUUGUUGAUGGAAGCCACCGGCUGACUCUGGGUCUCAUCUGGACCAUCAUCCUCCGCUUCCAGAUCCAAGAUAUCACUGUAGAGACACACGACAACCGUGAGACUCGGUCAGCAAAGGAUGCCCUCCUCCUAUGGUGCCAGAUGAAGACAGCAGGGUAUCCUAAUGUAAACAUCACAAACUUCACGUCAAGCUGGAAGGAUGGCAUGGCAUUCAAUGCUCUUAUCCACAAGCACAGGCCUGACGUGAUUGAUUUUAAGAAACUGAAAAAAUCUAAUCCCAUCCACAACCUACAGCAGGCCUUCAAUGUUGCAGAGCAGAAGCUGGGUGUGACCAAACUCCUUGACCCUGAAGAUGUUUAUACAGAGAAUCCAGAUGAAAAAUCAAUAAUCACUUAUGUGGUGGCAUUUUAUCAUUAUUUCUCUAAGAUGAAGGCUUUAGCAGUGGAGGGAAAGAGAAUCGGAAAGGUGUUGGAUAAUGCAAUUGAAACCCAGAAAAUGAUCGACAAAUACGAACAAUUGGCCUCUGACCUGUUGACCUGGAUUGAACAGACUAUCAUUAUCCUCAACAGCCGAAAGUUUGCCAACUCUUUGACUGGAGUCCAACAACAACUACAGGCUUUCAACAACUACCGCACAAGUCAGGCUCCGCCAUUGUUCGAAGAGAAAGGUACUCUCGAGGUGCUGCUAUUCUCCAUUCAGAGCAAGAUGAGAGCGAAUAACCAGAAAGUGUACACACCGCACGAAGGCAAACUCAUUUCGGACAUUAACAGGGGAUGGGAACGACUGGAGAAGGCGGAGCAUGAACGCGAACUGGCCCUUAGAAAUGAGCUGAUCAGACAAGAGAAGCUGGAGCAGCUGGCUCGACGUUUUGACCGCAAGGCACUCAUGCGGGAGACCUGGAUGUGUGAAAAUCAGCGGCUUGUUUCACAGGAUAACUUUGGCUAUGACCUAUCUGCUGUGGAAGCAGCUAUGAAGAAACAUGAGGCCAUCGAGACUGACAUCGCAGCUUAUGAGGAACGAGUGCAAGCUCUCGUGGACGUGUCGAAUGAGCUGGAGGCUGAGAAUUACCAUGACAUCAAGCGCAUUAACGCCAGAAAGGACAACAUCAUGCGACUCUGGGAGUACCUGUUGGAGUUGCUCAACGCUCGCCGGCAAAGGCUUGAGAUGAACGUGUACCUUCAAAAGAUCUUCCAGGAGAUGCUGCACAUCAUUGACUGGAUGGAUGAAAUGAAAGUACGAUUGCUCUCCCAGGACCUUGGUAAACACCUGAUGGGUGUAGAGGAUCUGUUACAGAAACAUGCAUUGGUGGAAGCUGACAUUGCAGUCCAGGCUGACAGAGUGAAGUUAGUCAAUAAGGAGGCACUCAAGUUCACUGAAGGAGAAGGUUACACACCGUGUGAUCCUAAUGUGAUCAAGGAUCGUGUUAACCACCUGGAGCUGUGUUACAAAGACCUUUGCGCUUUGGCAGCUGAACGCAGAGCCCAGCUUGAGCAGUCCCGUCGAUUGUGGAGGUUCUUCUGGGAGAUGGCCGAAACCGAGGGCUGGAUCAAUGAAAGGGAGCAGAUCUUCUCUUCACAAGAUUAUGGGAAAGAUAUUACCAGCAUCGUCAUCUUGCAAAACAAACAUAAGGCGGUGGAGGAUGAACUGGUUGGUCUCAGAGCUCAGGUGCAGGAAACGGUAAAGGAUGGCAAGGAUAUGAUUGCGGAGAAACACUUUGCCUCACCUAAGAUUAUGGAACGAAUUGAUGAAGUUCUUACUAGGUUGAAGGAUUUGGAAGAGUUGGCUGCCUUCCGCAAGCAAAAUCUCCAGGACGCUCGGAACUUUUUCCAGUUCCAAGUCGAUGCAAAUGAUCUCAAGGCUUGGCUGCAGGACAUUGAUCGAAUCAUGUCCACUGAUGAUGUUGGGCAUGAUGAAUUUUCAACACAAACACUGGUAAAGAAGCAUAAAGAUUUGACGGGUGAAAUCAUGAAGUGUGGACAAACUAUUGAUGCUCUGAAUAAGCAGGCACAGAGGCUCCCAGAUGAAUUCAGGAAACUCCCAGAGAUACGAGACCAACAAAACGAGAUAAGAGAGAUAUAUGCUGAUCUGGUGGCUCUGUCAGAUGCACGGAAACAGCGUUUGCAGGAUGCUCUUGCUCUCUACAGAAUGUUUAGUGAAGCUGAUGCCUGUGAGCUGUGGAUGAUUGAGAAAGAAAAGUGGCUGGAGGGUUUGGAGGUACCAAAGAAACUGGAGGAUCUGGAAGUCGUGCAGCACAGAUUUGAAACCUUAAUGCAGGAAGUGAAUAAUUUGGGGUCUCGAAUUGUGGAAGUAAAUAAUGCAGCAACCCAUCUGGUGGAGACUGGUCACCCAAGUACCCAGGAAGUUAAAGAAUGUCAAGACCAUCUGAAUCAUAGGUGGAUGCUUAUCCAGAAGCUAGUUGAGCAGAAAAAGAAGAGCGUGGACUCUGCAUUAAGUCUUCAGAAUUACUACCUUGAGUGUGACGAGACCAAAGUCUGGAUCUGUGAGAAAACCAAACUCAUCGAAUCAACCCAAGAAUUAGGAAAUGACUUAACUGGUGUCAUGACCAUUCAAAGGAAGCUUUGUGGAAUCGAGAGGGAUCUUGCGGCUAUUGAAUCAAGGCUUCCAGAGCUGCAAACCGAGGCCCACAAACUGGCCUCUGAGCACCCCGAGCACGCUGUAGAUAUCCUGAGCCGGCUUAAGGAAAUCAAUGAUGUCUGGGAAGAACUGAAACACAACCUGCAGGGCCGGGAGGAGUCGCUCGGAGAAGCCAGCAAGUUACAGAAGUUCCUGCAAGAAUUAGAAGACUUUCAGUUGUGGUUAUCAAAAUCACAAAAAGCCAUUGCUUCCGAAGAUGUGCCAAACUCGUUGCCAGAAGCUGAAGCCCUCCUCCGGCAGCACAGUGCCAUCAAAAACGAAAUCAACCACUAUGAGGAAGAUUAUCAGAAGGUCCGAGACACCGGCAAGAUGAUAACACAGGAAGAAACGGACCCAGCAUUUCAAAUACUAGUGGAGCGCCUCACAGAGCUGGACACUGGUUGGAAUGAACUCAAUCAGUUGUGGGAGAACAGGAAGGAUCUUCACACUCAGUCACAUGGUUACCAGCAGUUUCUCAGAGAUAGCAAGCAAUCAGACCGCAUUCUCAACAACCAGGAAUAUACUUUAGUACAUGUGGAAAUGCCAAGCACACUGCCAUUAGCGGCAAGUGCCAUUAAGAAGCACGAGGACUUCAUGACAACAAUGGAUGCCAACGAAGAUAAGAUCAUUGGGACAAUUGAGGAAGGAAAGAAACUCAUUAGUGAUAGAAACAAUUUUGCGGACAAAGUGAGCGACAAGAUCCAAUCUAUUGAUGAAAGAUACGAAAAGAACAAAGUGAACGCAAAGGAGAUGGCAGCACAUCUAAAAGACAACUAUGACCUUCAGCAUUUCUUGCAGAAUUGCCAAGAGCUUACUUUCUGGAUCAAUGAGAAGAUGCUGACAGCCCAAGACACAUCUUAUGAUGAGGCUCGCAACCUUCACACCAAGUGGCAGAAACACCAAGCAUUUAUGGCUGAGCUGGUGUCAAACAAGGAGCGGCUGAACAAAAUUGACAAGGAAGGGAAGCAGCUAAUGCAGGAAAAACCGGAGUUUAAACCAGCCAUCUCCGAGAAACUGGAUGAACUGUAUUGUCUGUGGGAAGAGCUGGAUUCCACCACCCAAGAAAAGGCACGGCGUUUGUUCAGUGCAAACCGGUCAGAGCUGUUUGUACAGAGUUGCGCGGACUUUCUUAAAUGGAUGAAUGAGCUGAAGAUGCAGCUGCAAUCCAAAGAUUUUGGAAAGGACUUGACGAGUGUCAACAUCCUCCUGAAAAAAUUGCAGAUGAUGGAAAAUCAGGUGGAAAUCAGAAAGAAGGAGCUAGAGGAGCUUAUAGUGCAAGCAGAGGCCCAACAGGAAGAAUCAAAGGCAAAAGCGAAGGAUAUAAACAACCUAUUUACACAGCUGAUGGAGCCUCUGAAGGAUCGACGCCAGAAACUCAUUGCGUCCAAGGCUGUUUUUCAGUUCUAUCGUGACCUGAAAGAUGAAAUUCUCUGGGUGCAGGAACGAAUGCCCAUUGCAACAUCUACUGACCAUGGCCACAACCUUCAGACAGUGCAGCUCCUUAUGAAAAAGAACAGAACUCUACAGAAGGAGAUCCAAGGCCAUCAGCCGCGCAUUGAUGACGUGUUGGAAAGAGGAGAAAAUAUGAUUGAACAAAGCCCUGACCUGCAUGCUAUUAAGGAGCAAUUGGGAGAGUUGAAUGGAUUGUGGGACAAGUUAAAGGACGAGACAGAACAAAGGCAGAACCGACUAGCCGCCGCAAAUGAAUCCGCGCAGUAUUAUUUGGAUGCAGCUGAGGCUGAAGCUUGGAUGAGUGAGCAGGAACUGUACAUGAUUGAUGAUGAGAAAGCAAAGGAUGAAACCAGUGCAACUUCAAUGGUGAAGAAGCACUUGACCUUGCAGCAGGCCGUGACAAAUUAUGGGCAGAUGAUCCAACUGCUCGCAGACAGGGCUCAAAGCCUUUUUGCUGAAAAACACCCUGAGGGUGAGCAGAUCAUUCGACGUCAAGGACAGGUGGACAAGCUGUACGCAGGACUCCGGGAUCUAGCAGACGAGCGUAAGAGAAAACUGCAGAAUAUGUACCAUCUCUUCCAGCUGAACCGCGAGGUGAUGGAUCUGGAGCAGUGGAUUGCAGAGAAGGAUUUAGCAGCAUCUUCACAGGAAUUAGGGCAAGACUUCGAUCAAGUUAUUUUGCUGAGAGAAAAAUUCCGUGAGUUUGCCCGGGAGACGGGGACAAUUGGUCAGGAGAGAAUGGACAGUGUGAACAUGCUGAUAGAUGAUCUCAUUGAUGCCGGUCAUUCAGAAGCAGCCGACAUUGCAGACUGGAAAGACACUUUGAACGAGGCCUGGGCCGAUUUGUUGGAACUGAUAGACACUCGCACACAGCUGCUGGCUGCCUCCUAUGAACUCCACAAAUUCUUCUACGACGGCAAAGAGCUUCUGAGCUUAAUACAGGACAAGCACAAGGAGUUGCCAGAGGAGCUGGGCCGUGACGCAAACACAGCGGAGUCUUUUCACAGAAUGCACAACACGUUCGAAAGGGAUAUCCAUGCCCUUGGAAUCCAGGUACAGCAGUUUCAGGAUGAUGCAGGUCAUCUGCAGACAGCGUACGCAGGGGACAAAGCCACAGCAAUCCAGAAACAAGAGCAAGAGGUGGUUGAGGCGUGGAAAGCUCUUCUCGAUGCCUGUGAUGGUCGUCGCACACAGCUGAUUGACACUGCUGACAAAUUCCGCUUCUUCAGUAUGGUCCGAGAUUUGAUGUCCUGGAUGGAGAGCAUUAUCAGGCAGAUUGAAACAGAAGAGAAACCACGGGACGUCUCUUCUGUGGAGUUAUUGAUGAAGUACCAUCAGGGAAUCAGGGCAGAGAUUGAUGCCAGGAAUAAAAGUUUCACCUCUUGCAUUGACCUGGGCAAGGCACUGUUAGCCCGCCAGCAUCAGGCCUGUGAGGAGAUAAAAGAAAAGCUGUUGCAACUCACCGAGAAGAGAACGGAUAUGAUGGAUAAGUGGGAUGAACGUUGGUAUUGGUUACGCCUGUUGUUGGAAGUGUGUCAGUUUGCAAGAGACGCCUCAGUUGCUGAGGCUUGGUUGAUUGCUCAGGAGCCCUAUCUUAGCAGCCGUGAUCUGGGCGGCAACGUAGAUGAAGUUGAGAAGCUGAUCAAGAGACACGAGGCUUUUGAAAAAUCAACAGCCACUUGGGAUGAGAGGUUCUCUGCGCUGGAGAGACUCACCACAUUGGAAUUGCUGGAGAUUCGAAAACAGCAAGAGGCUAUGAGACAGAGCAUGGAAGAACAACGCCAACAAGAUAAUGAACAGGAGUCACCUGAGGAGAUUCAGCAAGAAAAGACACCAGAAGAAGAAUGGAAGAAAGAAGGCCAAGAGGCAGCAGAAACAUCCCCUCACACAGUAGAAGAACAAUCACUGGUAACGACAUCAGAAACUCUUUCUGUCCUGGUAAAUGGCACUGACAGUCCAGAAGAAAAGACAUUAGAGACUGAAGAUAAAUCAGAAACUGAAGAAAAACCUCGUGAAAAGGCCAUGAAGCCCCCACCCUUGAUAUUGCCAGAGCAAGGACCUGAGACAUCUAGAGUUGCAACCACACUGCCACUGCUGACACCUAGAGACCACACAGCCCAACUGGAGGGAUACCUUGGACGCAAGCACGAACUAGAUGGACCAAAUAAGAAGGCAUCCAACAGAUCCUGGACUACCUUAUAUUGUGCCCUGAAGAAAGGGGAACUCAGCUUCUAUAAGGACCCAAAGAACAGUAGCGCAGGUGUAACGUACCAUGGAGAGGAACCUCUGAAUCUGAAAGGUGCAACAUGUGAAGUGGCUGCUGACUAUAAGAAGAAGAAACAUGUGUUUAAACUUCGGUUGAGCACUGGAAGUGAAUACCUUUUCCAUGGCAAGGAUGAGGAGGAGAUGAAUAACUGGAUCCAGAAUCUGACUGCAGCAAUAGCAGAGAAUGACGAAUCACAGCUCCAAAGCGCAGGACAAGGGGAGAUCAGGGCACAUACCCUACCUCUCCCACCUGUCAUUGCUCCUGAAACAAGUCCUGGCAAAAAGGACAAAGAGAAAAGAUUCAGCCUUUUUGCAAAAAAGAAAUGAAUGAUGGAAUGAGAAAAUGGGGGGAAAACAUGUUUUAGUGCCUAAUUUAAAAUUGGUGGCAUUUCUCACACUGCACCAAACAGGGGAAAACCAGUUAUUGUAAAUGUAAAUAUACAUUUCACCUUUAUAGUGUGAUGGGAAAGUAACUUUUUUAAUUUACUCAAAAAGGUGCCCAUUUCAACCCAUACAAAAAAUAUGAAUGAAUAUUUUUGAAAUGAUUUUCAGUUUUAGGCGUAUCUUUUCCAACGUAGGUUCUUACGGUCCUUGCUACUGGCUGAGAAAUGUAGAUUUAGAUCAAAUAAAACUUUAAAAAUGGAGCUUGAAAAAUCACAGCAGGUACUCAAACACAUCCUCUGUUUGUUAUUCAGCCAUCACAUGUUACAGUACCUUUUUCGUACAAGGCUGGUUGCUCAAACAGUGGGACUCUAGUAAGACUACAAAACCAUAAUUCAAUUAAAUUGUUGCAACCAAAGAAUGUUAAAAGUUAUAGUUUUAAAAAAAGUGUAUCAAAAUUCUAAGCAGAGGCCAAAAUUUUCAAAACAUAAUAACACAGGAUAGAUAACAGUGUAAAAUUUAUAAAUUACACAACAGAUGCAUCUUGGAAAUGGUUAAGAGUGCCAAGUUUGUACUGUAAACCCCUAAAGCUGAAUGCGUAUACUCUGUACAUUUUGGCAUGUAUUUUCUUGUAGCUACAGUGUUUCCAUAGAUUAUUUUAUCAGUUUAUCAAAUUAAGAAUUUUUUUAUCGCACUUUGUAUAAGUUUUUUUUUUCUCGAGACAAACUGCCUACACAAAUUUCUUUGAAUUAUUUUAAUUCAGUCUUAUUGGGCUGCUGCUUACACACAAAGGGCUCUUUUAUAUAAUAUACUACAUUGCAUUAAACAACACAUUUGUUUCCAAGAUAUUAAACAAUAUUUUCAACCUGGUGCUCUUGGAAUAUAAGUGUUGCGGAAGUCCUCAGUAUUUUAAUUGAAUCAGAAGUCAUAACUAGCAACCUGUAGAAUCUGACAUUUCUUUGUGUUGUUUUUAAAUUCACAUGCAUACCCCAAAAAAAGUUUGAUUUUUUUUAUUUUUGUUUCAAUCAUAAUGCUCCUUUCUGUUAUCUUUUCAGCCUGUUUGAGUAUUUUCAUUUGACAGUUUUUGGACUAAAUGAAUGGCAGGGAAAUGUGACAAGCUAUUGUGCUUUUAAUGUUUAAUUUGGGGGGAGGGCGCUGGGGGGUGUUAAUAAAACAUUAAAUUGCCAAAAUCUAUGCAUUGCCCCCUUUCCCCUCCCUAUGAAGUUAUAAAUCCUAAUGAGGAUUUCUUUAGAUAAUAAAGUUUUACAACAAAUUCUA